GGAUGCACCAGGAGGUGAAGGAACCUCCCACUAGGGUGUGGAGCCAAAGAGAGGCCCUGCACCUCCCAAGUGCCAGAACUAACGAGGAUCUGUGCUUUAAAUAAUUGCCUUGCACUGUUAGGAUCACCCAGUAGCCCUUCAGAGAGGAGUAACCACAGAGCCCAGUGCACACCCCUGUGGCUCUCACAUCCCCUGGUCCCAUCAGGUUAACUGCCAGAGGGGAUAGCAAAGGAUGGCUACAGUGCACCUUCUCUUCCACUAAAAAUGUGCUAGGAAAUGGCCACUUGGUGCAAGUAGUCUAGCUGGGGAAAUAAGAAGUCUCCAAAGCCUCAGUCUGCUCCUCCUCUGCCCAGGAGAGUCUCCUGUGCCAAUGAAAACACAACAGCUGGGGACAGAGGAGGACCAAGGCCCAGUGCCACCACAGCAACACGUGCUGCCUGCAGCCAGAUACCACUUGCUCCUUCCAGCUGUGUUCCUGGCCCUGAGGAGCAGCCUGCCAGAUCUCCUGGAAGAAUCCAGUACCCAGCACCCAGGUCAGGAUGGGGAGACACAGUUUCCAUAACUUCCAAGUCUAUGUCCUAACAAGAACAGAUUUUGGUGUGAUCACAGUAAUCUCUAUUUGAAACCUCUGACAUUCUCCUGGAUUCGCCCCAUCCCUUUCUCUAGCUUCUUUCCAGUGCCAGGACCAUCAAAAAAGACAUUCCAAAUCACACAAGUCUUUCUGAACACCUCAUUUUCCAAGGGGGGCAUAGAGGUCAGGCUGCUUUAUCAGCUGGGAAUUUUGGGAAAGCUGCUUUCUGUGGCACAGAACACCAUGGUGCAAUCACUGCUAAACAAUGCUGUUUUCAAGAAACAGAACAGUGAUGAUUCCACCUGACAGCCUUUGCAGUGCUUUUAUGAGAAGGGCAAACUAAACCAAGGAAGCAUCCAAGAAGUCACGUCAUGCACCAUCACAAAUCUCCAGGAAUAAGGCAACACCAAAGGUCUGGCUUCAGGUAAAAUGUGUAUUUCUGCCAUGCUACUACUCCCUCCAAAUUAACUUUUUCUAAGUGUCCUGUAUGUGCCCUUUUCUCCAGCGACAGGAUAUCCUUCAUUUGUCUGCACCAAGAGCAGAUGAGCACUUCUUCGUGUUGUUUUCCAAGUCGGCUGAUGGGAGGGUCAGCAGGGGCCAAAGCAGCUGCAACAAGGAGAGGAAAGAUAACCAUGGCAACCCAAGUUAUCUGCAUCCUCCAUGUACUUCCUCCUCCCCACCCUGCAGCAUAUCUUUCCCACCCAAACCCCAGGCCAAUAGAGCCAGUGAGCAGCUGGCAGGAUGGGGACUGCAGCAGUGUCUCCUGCACCCAGAGGCUCUUGCUGUGCUUGCUGUGCUCACCACUGCAGGCUGAAGGCAUCAAAAAGAGGCUGAAAUCCUAGAGAGGGACAACUGGCAAAAAGCAGAGCUCUCCACUACUGUAGAUGGGGCGCUGGACAUGCUGCCUUUGCUCCAGAGGUGCAGAUCCAUUGAUGCUGCUCCUGGUUCUGGCUCUGGGCUGUGACCCUUCCACAGCAGCAACAGCUUCUCCGCCUGUGCCCCACGUCAAGCCCAGCUACACUUUUGGCCGGACUUUCCUGGGACUUGAUAAAUGCAACGCCUGCAUUGGGACAUCCAUAUGCAAGAAGUUCUUUAAAGAGGAAAUAAGGUUUGACACCUGGCUUUCUUCUCGUUUAAAGCUGCCCCCCAGCUCCCUGCUCAGCUACUCGGGCAACUACACGGACGACGGCAAGAGCUGGCGGGCGGUGGACAUCAGGCGGCUGAGCUCCCGGUACCAGCAGGAGCGCGGGGAGCGGCGCGUCUGCGGAGCGCUGCUGCGGAGCCCGAGCUGCAGCCUGGAGCGCGCCCUGCGCCGCUCCCCGCGGGGACAGAGGUGGCUGCGAGCCAAGCGCCUCACGCCUGACCUGGUGCAGGGCCUGCCCAGCCCCCUGCUGCGCUGCCCGUCCCAGCGGCUCCUGGACCGGAUCGUGCGGCGCUACGCCGAGGUGCCGGACGCCGGCAGCAUCUACAUGGAUCACCUGGCAGAGAGGGACAGGCUGCGCCUGCUCUACACCCUGGCAGUCAACUCGCACCCCAUCCUCUUACAGAUGUUCCCCGACGUGGAGGGCUGGCCGUUCCCGCGGUACCUGGGCUCGUGCGGCCGCCUGGCGCUCAGCGCCGGCACGCGGCCCCUGCGCGACUUCCUGGGCGCGGCCGCCGAGCUGGCGGCCGACCUGGCGCUGCAGCUGCUGGCCGUGCUGCGCUCCAUGGCCGCCAACGACCUCAACUACUUCUUCUACUUCACCCGCGUGGACGCGGGCACCUUCGGCGUGUUCAGCAACGGGCACCUGUUCAUCCGCGAUGCCAGCGCGCUCGGCAUCAUCGACCGGGAGGAAGGGAGCCAGCUGAUGGACAGGCAGCAGGAGCACAGGGAUAUCUUCAGCUGCCUGACUGUGGACUGCCAGUCUGCAUUUGUGUCCUGUGACUCCAUCCGCGACGAGCACAGCCUCGUCAUGGUGUGCCAAGACCUUCUGCCCAAGCUCCUGGCGGGGAAAUUCGUGCCCCCCGUGCAGGAGAGGGUCGAUGCCUUCCUGCAGCGCUGUGCUCGUGGCUUUGGUGACAAGCAGGGUGCCAAGGAGGCCGUGGAGGAGCUGGCAGAGCUGCUGAAACCUCUGCGCUCCUGCGACUCGCGCUUCGCCUACCGCUACCCCGACUGCAGAUACAGCGACAAAUACUGACACAGCAGCUGUCCCAGCAGGGACUGGGCACUGCCCGUGCAGGGACAGAGCAGGAACCAGGGCAGCUGCAAGAGCUGCCCCAAAUCUGGGCUGUUCUCAGUGCAGGAGGGAGCAGAGUGCACGUGGGAUUUAUUAUUCGUCUCCCCGAGAGGCAUUUGUCAUACGGGAUGUCAACACGAUGUAUGGUUUGUGGGUUAUUAACAUUGUCAUGACUGACAAGGGGCCACAGGGUUAAUAAAUUUCAUUCAUGUUUUGGCCUUGGAA